AUGCCACAGUAUGCAGGCUUACCAGAGAAGCAAUCUAAAAUUAAUCGGACCGAGGCUGCCAUCAACAGCGUUCUCAAAUCGGUGGAUCCCGGUGCCACCGGCUUGAAGCAAUUGGAAACACGAGAGUCAAAUGAGGAAUGGAUAAAGGAAUUGCCUGUUAUUAGUAGAGAAGGUAGUGAAGUACAGGAAGCUCCAGUAUACGAGGAAGACUACGAGGAAGAUUCUGACGAACGAAGCUGA